UGAGGAUGCGGAUUUACUCCUUCCCCCCUCUGUUUCCCUGGCCGCCGGCGCUCCGCGUGCUGAAAGCGGCAGCGCACAAAGCCCGGAGCGGCGGCGAGCCCUGCGUGUGCCGGAGUUGGUGUGUGUGCGGUGUGUGUGCGUGUGCGGUGUGUGCGGUGUGUGCGAGUGGCGUUUCUUGUUCUCUUGCAGGGUACAAUGUUAAAAAGCCACCGCUAGUCGCCCCCAGUGCUCCUACUCUCUGGGUCUUUUUGUCUCUAGUGCAGAUUAAACGUCACGUCCGCACUUGAACUUGAAUUUUAUCCCAUUGUACAGAGGCAGCCCCAGCCAUAGAGAGACAGAGCGCUCCCAGAGAACCAGGACUCCGCCAUCUUCACAUUGCAAUAUAUAAUAGUAAUAGCCAGCACCAGCCCAGCUGCACUGGGGGCUUCCUUCCUUCCAGUCCCAGUGCCAGGCGAGGGGGGAAGAGUGCAAAGUGGUGCAGGAGCACUGGCAAUCCAAAAGCACCAGGGCAAAGCAGUGCCACUUGAACUGGGAAAGAGGAGACACAGUUUCGGCUACCCCUUUUCAAAAAAUUCUCUCUAUAUAUCUACCCAGCAAGGGUCAAUCUCUGAGAAACAUUUUUUUUUGGCGAUUUUUUUUUUGAGUGGGGGCUAUCCCAAUUCUAGUACUUUUCUUCUUUUUUUACUACAGUUUUUUUUUAAUUUUAAUUUUUUUCCUUUUUCUUUUUUCUUUUUUUUUUUACCCUCUUGGUGGAAAAGCGCACUUGCCAAUUUGCCAAGCACUCUGGAAAGAGGGAAAGAGAAAAGUGUCACUGGCGGUGCAUAUCCUCCUAAGUUCAAGAAGAGAUCUGGAAGUCCAAGUGGCAGAAGCAGUGGAGAAAAGACAGUGUGUGAAAGAGAGCGAGAAAGAGCUUUUCCUGAUGAUGAUGAUGAUGAUGAUGAUUUUUAAUUGAGAGGGAAUCCCAACCAGUGCACCACAGCAGCAACAAAAAGGAGGCGUUUUUUUACGUUUUUGAUUUUUUUGAAAGAAGAACUCGAUAAAGAAGAAGAAGAAGAAUAAAGAGGGGACAAAAAAGAGGAGGAGGAUCGGCCCCCCAACACAUCCCCCCAAACCAGUGCAGCUCUCCAGGCGAUGCCAGUGUAAAUGCCAGGGCAAUGUCCCGUCGCAAGCAGGGAAACCCGCAGCACUUGUCACAAAGAGAGAUUAUCACACCAGAGGCUGACCAUGUGGAACCGGCGCUGGCCGACGAGGACGAGAGCCUGGCAAUAGCAGACCCGGGCGGCAUCAGCAUCGCCGCAGGCGGGACUGACCCCGACCUGCUAACCUGCGGACAGUGUCAGAUGAACUUCCCGCUGGGAGACAUCUUGGUUUUUAUAGAGCACAAGAGAAAACAGUGCAAUGGCACUGGUGGUGUCUGCUAUGAAAAGAGCAUGGAUAAGAGCAGCCCUCCCCCCUCCUCACGCGCCGAGCUCAGGAAAGUGUCAGAGCCAGUGGAAAUCGGGAUCCAAGUCACACCCGAUGAAGAAGACCGUCUUCUCACGCCUACAAAAGGAAUUUGCCCCAAGCAGGAGAACAUUGCAGGGCCGUCCAGGCCUGCAAACCUGCCGGGGGCUCCCAUAGCUGCCUCCUCCCACCCUCACACAUCCGUGAUCACGUCACCUCUCCGCGCACUGGCCUCCCUCCCGCCCUGCCUUAGCCUGCCCUGCUGUGGUGCACGUGCAGUCUCAGUUGGCGGGACUCAGACUGAGAUUCAGACUGAGACGUCAGGCACAUUUGGAUGUCAUUGUCAGUUGUCAGGUAAAGAUGAGCCUUCAAGCUAUAUUUGCACAACAUGCAAGCAGCCUUUUAAUAGCGCUUGGUUCUUGCUUCAGCAUGCCCAGAACACACAUGGAUUCCGCAUCUACCUGGAAACAAGCCCUUCAAACAGUUCCCUUACUCCACGCAUCACCAUCCCUCCUCCUCUGGGACCGGAGACUGUUGCACAGUCCCCGCUGAUGAAUUUUCUUGGAGACAACAACCCUUUCAACCUUUUGCGCAUGACAGGACCCAUCCUGCGUGAACACCCUGGCUUUGGUGAGGGUCGGCUCCCAAACACGCCUCCGCUGUUCAGCCCACCGCCUCGUCAUCAUCUGGAUCCACAUCGCCUUAGUGCCGAAGAAAUGGGGUUAGUUGCCCAGCAUCCCAGUGCCUUUGACAGAGUUAUGCGUUUAAACCCCAUGGCAAUUGAGUCCCCAGCGAUGGAUUUCUCCAGAAGGCUUCGAGAGCUGGCAGGAAACAGUUCCACCCCUCCGCCAGUCUCACCCAGUCGCACCAACCCUAUGCAUCGUCUGUUGAAUCCUUUCCAGCCGAGCCCUAAAUCACCUUUUUUGAGCACCCCGCCACUGCCCCCCAUGCCCCCCAGCAGCACUACGCCUCCCCAGCCUCAGGCCAAGAGCAAGUCCUGUGAAUUUUGUGGGAAAACAUUCAAGUUCCAGAGUAAUCUUAUUGUGCACCGGCGCAGUCACACAGGAGAAAAACCCUACAAGUGUCAGCUCUGUGACCAUGCUUGCUCCCAGGCCAGCAAGCUAAAACGCCACAUGAAAACGCAUAUGCAUAAAGCUGGCUCCAUGACGGGAAGGUCAGAUGAUGGACUGUCCACCACUAGUUCCCCUGAGCCAGGCACAAGUGAGCUCACUGGAGAGGGACUGAAAUCCAGUGAGGCAGAUUUCAGGAAUGAGAGCGAUCCUUCCCUCGGCCAUGACAACGAAGAAGAGGAAGAGGAGGAGGAGGAGGAAGAGGAGCUUGAAAAUGAGAGCCGACCAGAGUCGAGCUUUAGUAUGGACUCAGAGCUGAGUCGUAACCGAGAAAACGGCUCCAAGUCGCUGCCAGAUGAGAAAUCCCUCGUCCUGGGAAAAGUCAUUGAGAAUGUAAGUCUAGGUGCCAUUCAGCAAUAUAACGACAUGUUAGCUGAGAAGCAGAAGAGGAGUAGCUUCAUGAAAAGGUCCUCUGACCAGCGAGACUUGUGUCCUCGAGACCUCUGUCAGAGAGAUCCGGGUGACGAAGACUCAGUGGUAGGAGAGCUGGACCGCACUGAGGAAGGUACGGUCAAUGGAAGAAACUUUGGCCCGGGUGAACCCUUCCCAAACUUGUUCCCCCGCAAGCCAACACCUAUCACGAGCCCCAGUUUAAACAAUUCCUCUAAAAGAAUAAAGGUAGAGAAAGAUUUGGACUUGCCACCAGCAACGAUAAUACCUUCCGAAAACGUUUACUCCCAGUGGCUGGUAGGGUAUGCAGCAUCGCGGCACUUCAUGAAGGAUCCGUUCCUCGGAUUCACAGACUCCCGACAAUCCCCCUUCGCGACCUCCUCCGAGCACUCAUCGGAGAACGGGAGCCUGCGUUUCUCCACUCCGCCGGGGGACAUGCUGGACGGGGGGCUCUCAGGGCGCAGCGGCACGGCCAGCGGAGGCAGCACCCCCCACAUCAGCGGACCCGGCCCCGGGCGACCCAGCUCGAAGGAAGGACGCAGGAGCGAUACAUGUGAGUACUGUGGCAAGGUCUUUAAGAACUGCAGCAAUUUGACGGUUCACCGUCGGAGCCACACUGGAGAGCGGCCUUACAAAUGCGAGCUCUGCAACUAUGCAUGUGCCCAGAGCAGUAAGCUGACGCGCCAUAUGAAAACGCAUGGCCAGAUAGGGAAGGAGGUCUACCGCUGCGACAUUUGCCAGAUGCCCUUCAGUGUUUACAGCACCCUGGAGAAACACAUGAAAAAGUGGCAUGGAGAACAUUUGCUGACAAAUGACGUCAAAAUUGAGCAGGCAGAAAGAAGCUAAGGCCCCCCUCACCCCCCCCCAUCCCCUCCCCACCCCCACCUCCGCUAGGUUAAAUUUCAGGGGUCUAGGUAACAUUUUAUUUGUACAGUUUAACUAUUGUCAACUGAGAAAAGAUGACCUAACUUGCCUCCGUAAACAUAACUUAGCAUAACUAUGGUAAGGUGCCAGACUUUGGCACUUAAAUAUAACCUGUGUCUACAAAGUUCUAUUAAACCCGAGGGUUGAUUAAGGCAGUAAAAAUUGUGGAGCCUUUUAACUGUGCAAUAAUUUCUGUAUUUAUUGGGUUUUUGUAAUUUUUUGGCAUGUGCAGGUACUUUUUUUAUUCUUUCUGUUUAAAUUUCUUUAAAAAUUUUGUUGGGUAUCCCUUUUUAAUUUUACCCAGUUGUAGCCUGAGAUUACUUGCAUUGUAGGAGAGAAACAUAUCUUUUAAAAUUAUAAUUUUUGGGCCGCUGCUUUGUUGAAAUUUAAGCUAAGUGUGUGUAAUUUCUUGUGAGGAAGCCAGCAUUUGAACUGAAAUCUCUCUUUUUUCUUUUUUGUUUUUUCCUUCUUUCUUUCUUUCUUUCUUUCUUUCUUUCUUUCUUUCUUUCUUUCUUUCUUUCUUUCUUUCUUUUUUUCUUUU